AUGCGUUCGCUCGAGUACAUUCAACGGAUGAUCAAGGACGAGGCCUUUGAGAGCCAGAAGGAAGCGCUCUUCAAUCGACUGGCCGAGGGCAUGAAGAGGCUGGGGAGCAUUUAUCUGCGGCAGAGCCGACAUCAGGAGGCCGUGCUGGUACUCGACAAGGCCCUCAAGCUGCGCGAGCGCGACUUCGACCGCUACAAGGAGAUCGAAGCCGCCGCCAAGGCUGCGCAGAGUGCUUUGCCAGAGGCUGGCAAUUGGGAGGAGACGCACGUGCAGAGACAGAGGAAGCGCGCGCAGGCCGAAAACCUCAUCGACUACUCCUUUACCAUGACCCUCCUCGCCAGGGCCAAGCUGCAGCACCUCCAGGCCAUCAAGCGCAAAUAUAAACACGAGAACGCGUCGGAAGAGGAGAAGGCGCUGUUUUUGCAAACGGCCGAGGAGGCGGCUCAGAAUCUCGAGACGGCCAACUUCCUGCUGACCACUUCGAUCGUCGCCGACGCCCUCCGCUCCUACGACACCUUCCUGCCCGACGCCAAGGCCUCGCAGCAGCAGCAGCAGGACUACCUGGCGCAGGCGGUGGAGAAGGAGCGGCCCAACGCCCAGGCCCGGGAGCUCAACUCGCUGGGCUUCUGGAAGGGCAACCUGCUCGAGCAGAAGCUGCUGCAGGCCCAGAUCGAGAACGCGAUCCAGCGCGCCCAGCUCCAGAACGCCGCGGGGAGCCCGACAAGGCGCUCAAGAUCCUGGUCGCCUCGCUCCGCGACAGUUCCUCCGUGGGCUUUCGAGUAUGUCGUCGCCGGUGGUGGCGCGCCUGAUCUGCCACAUCGUGAGACGAGGCGCGAUCUGCUGAAAGAACGUGUGAAGCCGCGAGAGAUCAGGGACGACGAGGGAGAGGAGGAGGUAGGUUGGGUCAUCACCAAUUCCAAGGUCGACGAUUUCCUCAACAAGGGCGACAUCCUGCUGGGCCAGGCCAUGCAGGCCCUGCGCCACCGCCACGACUCCUUCGAAGGCGCGUCACCGGAGCUGAAGCAGUUCGAGAGCCUGGCGCUGUGGGAGGGCGAGGAGGCCCUGGCCCGGUGCCUGUACAACCAGGGCAUCCUGGCGCUGAUGCGGGAUCGGUACUACCACAACCUGGUCGACUUCUUCAACAUUACCCUGCCCGAGCCGGAGGCCGAAGCCGACGAGCACAUCGACGAUCUCGUCAACGCCAUGGUCAGAGACGACGGGUUGUUGGGCGAAGAAGCGAUGUGGGAGGCCUACCAGCUGCGCAAGAAGUUCUACGACAACAGCGCCACGCACGUCGAGGUGCUCAAGUGCCUCCUGCCCCUGGUUCGGGCCUACAACCGGCAGGGCGAGAAGCACGAGCAGGCCAUCAACCUGCUCGAGCCCGUCGUCGCCGAGCUGCAGUCCCAAUCGACCGACGCCGACGCCGAUGCCGACGCCGACGCGCGUCGGACCGCCGAAGACAAGAGCGAAUGGCUGGCCAAGUGCCUCAACCUGCUGGCCGAGGCCCGGGAGCAGGCCGCGCAGUUCGAGCAGGCCGAGAAGCACCGCCUGAAGGCCCUCCAUAUCCUGAAGCGCACGCGCGGCCCGCACGACUACGAGACCGUGCAGGCGCUGCGCGGCCUGGCCGCAGGCUUUGUCCAGCGCGAGCUCUACCCCGAGGCCGAGAAGUUGUUGAAGGCGGUGCUCAAGUCGUGGAACCAGAGCGCGGCACAGGGGGCGGACAUGACCUACGAACUCAUCGACGUCCUCCAUGAUCUUGCCACCAUCCAGUCCGAGCUCAAGCGACCGGCGGAGGCGGAGGAGAGCUUCAAGCUGGCGGUGCAACUGGCCCAGAGCGGGCUGGGCGAGUCGAAGAAGGGCCGCGAGCGCACCAAGCUGCCCGAGGCCAACCUCCCCACCCUCAUCAACACCAUGGGCUGGUUCUUCUACACCGAGCGCAAGCCCAAGGAGGCGAGGCCGUGGCUGGAGAAGGGCUACGAGGCGCUGGAGCGGAAGGAGCGGAUCAUCAAGCGGAUGGAGCCCAAGAUCGCGCAGCUCUUCGCCGAGAUGCAGCAGCUGGAGCAGGAGGACGCCGAAGCGCUCCAGGCGGCGGCCGCUGCCCAGCAGGCGGCGGGCUUGCAAGCCGACGUUGGUAGCACACAACUUCAGGAACAACAGAAGACGAUUCUCGAGAGCCUCGACUCCGACAGGGAGAUGAACGCACGACAGUUGAUCAACAAUCUCGAGGCGCUGGUGGAGCUGUACACGAUGGAGAACAGCCCGGACAAGGCCGCCACAUUCGCGCAGCGUCAGGUGGAGGUGCUCGAGGAGCUCAUCGCCCGCAACCAAGCCGAAGAAGCGGAGCUGGCGGAGCCCCUGGACGACUUGGCGCACGCCCUGCAUGCGGUGGGGGGCAAGGGGGAGGAGGCGUCCAAGGCGCUGGAGCGGUCGAUCGCCAUCCAGCAAAAGCACAAAUUGUGA